UUAACACAUCCCAUUAAAUAUGCGUAUAAACCGCAUUGGGGGAGAUUUGUUGACCCGGCACCUAACCAAAUCUUAUUUUAAAGCUCCGCAGGCUUUUUGCGAUAUACAAAAGCUGACUCCCAUCAUCGGCUAUCAUCUCUGAUUAUCCAUCACCCUCAAGGAUGGUAAAUACCAAAACUUUAGAUGAAGUCAAACAACACAAUGAUGGAAAAUCUUGCUGGUUAGUGAUACACGAUAAAAUAUACGACGUAACAAAGUUCCUUGAAGAGCAUCCUGGUGGUGAAGAAGUUUUGUUGGAAGUUGCUGGAGGAAAUGCGACAGCACCUUUUGAAGAAACUGGCCACUCAACAGAUGCACGAGAACUUUUGGAACAAUACUACAUUGCAGAACUAGAUGAAAAAGACAGAGUUGACUCAAAACCUACCCCAAAGGUUUCAAAAGCACCUUCAAUUGACUCAAACUCGAAUUUAUCCACGAUCUUGGUAGCUGUUUCACUCUUAGCCGUUGGUGUGGCUGUUGGAUACUAUAUCUUUAUAAAUAAAUCUUGAAAGCAUCGUUAGAUUCCCUGCAAACAAAUAACAAUCAAAUGCUAAGCUUACUCUUUUCUUGAAAGCAUCCUUAGUUUCUCUCCAAAGUAACAAUAAUCAAAAGUGGAACUUACUUUAGUCUAAAUUUCAAGCAUUCUAAUUUUUUUCACAUGUACACAUCUCGACAUAUUUCGGCUAUGUUGCUUCUCCUUCAUCCUAGCUAUUUUAUUUAAGAAUCAAUGAUGUAGUGUAUUGAGUCAGAAAAGAUAUUUUUAUUUUAUAACUAGA